AUGGAUAUCCUCAAUCGCAUUGGCACUAGCUCCGCUAUUUCGCAGAGCGUCUUUACGCCAGACGAGUAUAGGGCGCUGAUACGCGCCGGGUUCCUGGUGUCCUCGUCGGCAUACACACAGGGCUCGUUGAGCAUCGCAUCUCUACCCAAUCUACCCAAAACCGUGUCAACUCCAUCUGCCAGCCGAAGCGAGUCAAUCCCUAUCACCGACAAACCCGUACAAUCCGACGCCCAGGCUCGCGCCGCAACUCUGUUUUUGUCUCUCCCCAACACUGGCACCUAUCUCCGCCUGCUAGGAGCGGGUCGCGCACACCUGCUGACACUCCUACGGCGGUCCAGCUCAGCCGAAGCACCACUGAGUCUGUUGAAGGACCGGUGGGAUGGCGCCGUGGAGACUGAGAAAAGUUUCCACAUGGCGAAGAGAGCGCGAGGAGAAUUUGCGGGGGUCUUGCCUGGCAAGACGAAGAAGUGGAAGGAGUUGUACGGGAUGCAGUUUCGCUGGGUGCUGGAAGAAGCCCUGGGCGCAGGACUGGUCGAGAUAUUCGAGACUGGCAGUGUCGGACCGGGGGUGCGCUGCCUAUAG